UCGAGGUGACACUACGACAGGUUCUGUGAAAGGCGCACUUGUCAACAGACGACAGCGCGUCACGCCCGUGUCUCCCCAAAUCACCGAUAUUGUGGUGUGUGGUCUUGGACUCCAGUGAGGAGAACCUGCAUUUCAGGUCACCAGUUUGACCAGGGCACCCCAGCAGUCAGACGGACAUCGUCCAACAAAUUACGUUAAUCGGGUGAGAGAAGGGUCGUCACAUUCUGCAGACCCGUGCCAAAUACGUUACACCAUGCCGCUUAACGCCAACCUAAGUUACACCGAAGCCAGUGGUGAUCCUUUCACUGGGGGUGUGAGCAAGCUGGAUAGUGACGAGAGCGGUGGUGUUGUCGAACUGUGUCGAAGCAAUACCGAUCUCCUGCAAGACAGAGACAGGGAGAUUCACGAUUCGAGUCACGUGAACCGAGGCUUCUCUGUCAGUGAUGUAUCGUUAGCCAAUCAGAGAUCCCAGCUACCGUUGAACACUCGAGGUCUGGUGAAUGAAACGAGACCCGGCGUAAAAGGACGAGGAGUUCCGAGGAUGACACAGCCGAACGUCGCGCUGCUGCCGCACGGAGAGAAACGAGCAGACGACAUCGAUGUGGAAAAUGGAGAAAAAAGGGACACGUGGGGUAAAAAGGUGGAUUUUUUACUGUCGGUCAUCGGGUUUGCAGUGGAUCUUGGAAAUGUAUGGCGCUUCCCUUAUAUAUGCUACAGAAACGGCGGAGGCGCGUUCCUGCUUCCCUACAUGAUAAUGCUGGUGUUCCUCGGGAUUCCACUGUUCUACAUGGAGCUGGCCCUUGGUCAGUAUCAGCGGACAGGCAUCAUCACGGUCUGGAAGAGGAUCUGCCCCAUGUUCAGUGGUGUGGGCUUUGGCGUGUGCAUCAUCGCGACACUGGUGGGGUCCUACUACAACACCGUCAUAGCGUGGGGCAUGCUGUACCUCGUGUCCUCGUUCAGGGCAGAGGUGCCGUGGAAAAGCUGUAACAACAGCUGGAACAGCCACGAUUGUGUAUCCCUGGCCAACAACGACAACAUCACCAACACGUCCGUCACGGCAGCUACCGAGUAUUUCUUGAAGGAGAUUCUUGAGUUCCAGUGGUCAGAUGGAGUGGGCAACGUGGGCAAUAUCAAGUGGUCACUCACUUUGUGUCUUCUCGCCAUCUUCAUCGUCAUCUACUUCUGUUUGUGGAAGGGGGUCAAGUCAUCGGGCAAGGCCGUGUGGGUUACUGCCACUCUCCCUUACAUCGUUCUCUUCAUUCUCCUCAUCCGAGGAUGCACUCUCCCAGGGGCAUCGAAAGGGAUCUACUACUUUAUCAAGCCCGACUUUUCCAGACUUCUCACUGUUGAUGUGUGGGUAGACGCAGCCGCUCAGAUCUUCUUCUCUCUUGGACCAGGAUUCGGCACCCUGUUGGCUCUAGCCAGUUAUAACAAAUUCCAUAACAACUGCUUCCUGGACGCCAUGAUCACGCCGGUCAUCAACUGUUUAACAAGUUUCUUGGCCGGCUUUGUUGUGUUCGCUGUUCUCGGCUAUAUGGCGCAUCUCCAGAACGUUGAAGUGGACCAGGUCGCCGCUCAGAGUGACGGCCCGGGCCUUGUAUUUAUCGCCUACCCAGAAGCCAUUGCAACCUUCGCCGGGUCACCAGCAUGGGCCGUGUUUUUCUUCCUCAUGCUCAUAACACUGGGCCUUGACAGCUCGUUUGGCGGUCUGGAGUCCAGUAUAACGGCCAUCACUGACCAGUUCCCCAGGUUGCGAAAGAGGCGUGAACUCGUAGUACUUGCUCAGAUUGCACUAUGUUUCAUCAUCGGGCUGCCAACAACGACCUACGGCGGUCAAUACAUCAUUCAACUGAUGGACACGCAUGCCGCUCCCAUGUCUCUCAUCUUUAUCUGCUUCAUCGAGGCCAUCGCUGUCAACUGGAUAUACGGUGUCCAGCGCUUCUCCUCGGACAUCCAGGCCAUGCUGGGAUCACCCCCGGGCAUCUUCUGGAAGGUUUGCUGGGUGGGGAUCUGCCCCCUCAGCUUGCUGACUCUGUUCGUGCUGUCCAUCAUCGGGUAUCAGGGCAUACAUCUCGGAACCUACGUAUAUCCCCCCUGGGCUGUGGCGCUGGGCUGGUGUCUCACCUCAAUGUCACUUCUCUGUAUCCCGGUCUUCAUGGUAUAUUGGUUCCUUUCUUCUAAAGGCACACUCAAGCAGAAGUGUCUACGAAUGGUCAAACCAGUUGAGUAUCCUACACAUGUGAACAGGACACUUAGUGACAGUGAAAGUAAAUAUUCCUCACCACAGAGUUUCGAUACUGAAGAACUGCCCGGCAGCCACGUUGGCGGAAACUGUACUGAGUCUGCUACGUAGUCGUACGUACGUUUUACGACUUCAAGCCAACGUCAGCCAUGUCAAGAGCGGUUUACGGCGCUUCACGACACUUUACGACAACGACGCCUUUUCGGCGGAAGGGCGACCAGUUUUCACAUAAUGGAAGCUACUCAUGUGAGAGCUUGGUACAGCAACGUUGCUACGCAAGCGGGUGUAUAUUUUCAUUGUUCAUUCUUUAUAUUGUUACGAUUUUACUGGUGCUCAAAUACAAGGAAUCUAUUUGUUUUUCGUGCUUGUGUAAAUAUGUCAUGCUUAUCGUAAAAGUCAAACAUGUUAUUCACAGUUGUGGUUGUUCAUGUACAUAUCUGGUAUUAUACUAGCCAGAUAUACUUGAUAACGAGGACCCAAGUAUUUAUUAUUUGAAUACAAACGUUCGAACUGAAUACCCAAAGGUAACAAAAUACAUAUAUUCGUCAAAAAUCUAAUCUUUUAGCGUUUGUAAAAAUAAAGACGAAGAAACGCA